AUGGGCUGUGAUGGAGAAGGCGAGAACUGGUCAACAAGGCCGGGCGUAAGCGUAAUCAGCAGUGGCGAGCAGAAGCACGGUUGUGAUGCUGCGUUGUACACACCAGUACUUAAGGAUACUGCACAGUGCGUAGAUCUCAUUCGCCUUGGUGACAAUCUUCAAGAACGCGGUGGUUUACCAACCGCGCUAGUCGGUGAAACUGACUCGAAACCUCGAACCAUUUUCAGGCCUUUGAAAAAGACGAGUUUGUCGAAACGUCAGGCCAAUAAAAAAAGUUUCACUUAA